CAGCCUUUGCUCCUUCCCUUUUCGCUGAAUUUGUCAGCCAUGGCUCCGAUUAGGCAGGUGGUUAAGAAGCCGGGUGGGAAGAAGAAGAAGCAGAUCCUGAAGUUCACCCUGGACUGCACCCACCCUGUUGAGGAUGGCAUCAUGGAUGCUGCCAACUUCGAGCAGUUCCUGCAGGAGCGCAUCAAGGUGAACGGCAAAGCUGGAAAUCUUGGUGGUGGUGUGGUGUCCAUUGAGAGGAGCAAGAGUAAAAUUGCUGUGAACUCUGAAGUUCCCUUCUCAAAGAGGUACUUGAAGUAUCUUACCAAGAAGUAUCUGAAAAAGAACAACCUCAGGGACUGGCUGCGGGUGGUAGCUAACACCAAGGAGAGCUAUGAGCUGCGCUACUUCCAGAUCAACCAGGAUGAGGAGGAAGAGGACGAAGAUUAAACCUUACGCCACUCUUAAUAAAAUACUUCGAGAGAAAACCCUU